CGGGGAGCUGACACAGAAGAGGCUGGGGUUGAAGUCUUGGGAGCUGUGACUUGCCGAAUGGUCACCUCAGUCCUUGGUGAUUUGACUGUGGGAGUAGGUGGACACACUGGAACCAGAACGUCACUGAGCCAACUUGUUUUUGUGUAGUAACAGGUUGCAGGUCAGCGGGAGACUGAGCCAAGCAAAUCUAAAGGAGCACCUUCAGAAAUGUGUCAAAGAAACGUGGAAGUACAACACAGCAGUAAAUGAGGAGGGAAGGGAGACAGAAAAAGGACCAAGAGCUGUCGACUGGAAGGGCACGGAACAGCCCCUCGGAACUGCGUCUCCCAAAAGGAUGCUUGUGGAUUCUGGAGGAAAUGUGAGUUAAAGAUAUCUACACUUUGAUCAGAUCUCAAGAGAAAUCUUCCUCUUGUCUUGGUUUUGAAUGAUGGGCUCUUGGAAGCACUGCCUUUUCAGUGUGUCUCUUAUCACUGUCCUGAUUUUUGUAUUCAUUUACAAUAAUGAGUUAUGGGAGAGGAAACAGUUUCUGAGAUCAUCUCUGUCCAAUGCUUCGCUGUUAGCAGAAGUCUGUCACCAGAUUUUUAAGGGGAAGGUGUUUUACCCACCAGAGAACGCAUUGAAAACUACCCUCAGUGAAUCUACCUGCUAUGAGUACGUGGCUCAAAGUCACUAUAUAACAGAAACCCUCUCUGAAGAAGAGGCAGGGUUCCCUUUGGCUUACAUGCUGACCAUCCACAAAGACUUUGGCACUUUUGAGAGACUCUUUAGGGCAAUUUACAUGCCACAGAAUGUCUACUGUGUUCAUGUGGAUGAAAAGGCGACAGAUACAUUUAAAGGUGCAGUGAAGCAACUCCUGAGCUGCUUCUCCAAUGCUUUCCUGACUUCCAAGAUGGAGCCAGUUGUCUACGGUGGGAUUUCCAGGCUCCAGGCUGACCUGAACUGCAUCAAAGAUCUUGCGGCCUCGGAGGUUCCAUGGAAGUACGCCAUCAACGCCUGUGGGCAAGAUUUCCCCCUGAAAACCAACAAGGAAAUAGUUCAGUAUCUGAAAGGAUUUAAAGGGAAAAACAUCACCCCAGGGGUGCUGCCCCCAGCUCAUGCCAUUGGACGGACUAAAUAUGUCCACCGAGAACUAUUAGACAAAACCAAUUCCUAUGUGCUUAGAACAACAAAUUUAAAAACUCUGCCUCCACACAACAUGACCAUUUACUUUGGCACCGCCUAUGUGGCCCUCACAAGGGAAUUCGCUAACUUUGUCCUCCAAGACCAGCAGGCACUUGACUUACUUUCCUGGUCCAAGGACACCUACAGUCCUGACGAACAUUUCUGGGUGACACUCAAUAGGAUUCCUGCUAAAGGAUAGCAGUUAAUUGAGAAUGGAAAAACAAGUCUCAGAACAAUUAUGAAAGUAUAAUGAAGUUCACAUUAGUACAUGCAAUUAAACAAAGGAAAGAUGCAUGGGGAACCGUGAA